AUGAAUCGGGUCUUGGCUCUCCCAGCUCUGUUCUUCUGUCUCUUCACCUACACCCCUUCCUACACCACCUUUAAUUUGAUCUUCUUUUAUAUGACAUGGACGACUCUCAUCCUGUCGCAUUCCCCAUUCAAGGUUGAGCUGUUCGGCUCCAUAGGCGUGCGACUGCUGUUCUAUAUCCUCCCCUCGGCGCUGCUCUUUCUAUUCGAUGCGCUUGUCCCCUCCGCCGCCGUCCUGCUCAAGGCGCAUGGUGAACACGGUCUCCCGACUGGAAGCAAGCGACGAGGAGUCCGGGGUCGAGAGCUCAAAGUCGUAGGAUGGUCAUUCCUCAACAUUUUCAUAAGCAUCGCCGUGCAAGCUACCAUCGAAACUCUUCGCAUCGGGUAUUUCAAUACGCGCAGUGCCCUCAAAGUAUCCUUCUCGAUCCCGAUCAUACCAUGGAACAUUGCCUUCCAUCUCGCCUGUGUCCUACUACUCCGAGAGAUCCUCGCAUACACCAUCCACCGCUUCAUCCUCCAUAACGACAAAUACCGCAUCACGCGCUACAUCUCCUCCCUCCACCAAACCUGGUACCACUCGCUUCACGCGCCCUACCCUUCCACCGCCCAUUACGACCACCCUAUUCCCUACCUCCUCGGUAAUGCCGUCCCCACAUUACUCCCCGCCGUCUUCCUCCGCCUCCACAUGAUCACCUACGCCAUGUACAUGAGCAUCGUCUCGCUGGAAGAGACUCUCGCUUACUCCGGAUACUCUGCCAUGCCGAUGGACUUCUUCCUCCUGGGCGGGAUCGCUCGCCGAGUAGAGAAGCAUCUUUUGAAUCGCGCGGCCGGGAAUUUUGGCCCGUGGGGUAUUGCGGAUUGGUUUUGUCAGACUACAAUUAGCGAAGAGGAGGGUGAGGCGCUGAUCACCGAGACAGAAGAUGAGGGUGAUGAGCCUACGCCCGUUCUUAGGGGGAAGGAGAUUUUUGAGGCCAAGGUGCAGGAGGCUUUGGAUUCGCACGCUAAGAAGACGCAGAGGAAGCAUAAGAAGAAGUUGAGGCAGUUGUUGUGA